AUGGAUAGUGUGAAGGCAGUGGCACGAGACCGCUGGAGGCAGAUACAAUAUAAGAACGGUACGCGACCACAUGUUAUUACGUGGGUAUGUAUCAGAGAUGUUGAAUUAUGCUGUGGUACUGAUUGUUGUCCCGAGGAGGAUGAUAUAACCGUGUACGAUGGUGUCCAACAUGAUAAUCCUUCACCACAAGUGCAUGGACCCGACGGCUGCACACAAUCCUAUCCAUCUGGAAGCGACACAUCUACGGAUAAACCUCCUGAAGGCUACCCACCUGAGGGUUAUCCACCUAAACGUUUUCCUCCUGAGGCUCCUUCGGGAAAGCAUGAACAGUCCAAAAGCCAUAAAUCUAAUCGAACCCUGGAGCAGCAGAAAGGAGCAAAGACUUCCACAGAAGGUUUGGAAUCGGCCUCCAAAGAAGGUUCAAAAUCGAAGGAAAAUGAGCAGCAAUCGGAGGAAGGAGUGCCAGGCAAAAGGAGCCGAAAUCAAAAGAAAGGAAAGAAAAGUCAAAAAAACUUCGCAAUGUAG